AUGGCCGCGACCCCCAAGAUGGCAGAGAUGGAUCCUGGCUCUAAUAUGCAGCCACAAAGCCCUCAAAUAUCUGAAUGCUCUUUAAAAUCAAUGGACAACAACACAGAUCCAGACAUUAAAGAAAUAUUAAAAAACUUACCCUUGAAAUCCGACCUGCAACACAUGAUGAGUAAGUUGGAAGCAAUAUUCCACUCCAGGAUGGAAGCGAUGGGCUCAGACGUCCGGCAACUUAACCUCAGAGUUAAUGACCUAGAGGAGGAGAGAGAUGUUAUACAAGCCCAUAUCACUAAUAUAUCCUCAACAAUGGAAUCUUAUAUACAGUUCAUGUCAGCUACUCAGAGACAUAUUGAUGACCUGACAACCGCGGACGCAGAAACAACCUGCGCAUAA